AUGAACAGAAAUGAAAUGUGGGUCAGCCUUAUUGAAAAAGCGUAUCUCAAGGUAUAUGAAAAGAUUUCUUUGAGGUGGAAGCUCCUCGCUGUUUUUCGUAAAAAGUUCAAACGUGCGACUUUGAUCAGUUGCUUGUUGGAAAAAAUAUCAGUGUAUUUUCUAUCAGAAACACUUAAGCCUGGUUCACACGAUAAAAUAAGCAUAAGAACCUUCGAUGUAAGCAUAAGAAGAACGCAACAUUUGUUCUUCUUAUGUUUAUGCUUAUGCUUACAUCAAAGGUUCCGCUGCUUGUGCUUAUGCUUAUUUCAUCGUGUGAACCAAGCUUUAGAGUAUGUGCGGUUGUGUAGGGAAUAGCUCAAAGUGUAAAAUGUUUCUUCAGGUAAUGGGAGGCUAUGAUUUUCCAGGCUCAAAUUCAGUAAGUAAAUGAGUAUACCAUUUUAAUGUUGCAUGGUACUAUAUAUAUUGCACAGUAUUUUCAAACCGUAACAUGAGCAUAAAUUGACAAAGACACGACACCAUGUUUAGUCACCCAAUAUUUCGCUGUUGUGUUCACGUGCAACAAGGCGGUGAUAACCGCAGAAUGUGACGAGAUUGGCGCAAAUAACGAAUCUUGUAGUCUUAGCUGCAUUCACAGUAAAAUUUGAAGCUCUCGUUUUACCGGUUUACGGUUACACAGGAUUUUAGAGUUUGAUUCCGUACUGUGCAUGUAAGUCUAGUAAAUCUUCUGUUAACUACUUGUGUUGUUGCAGUACUGAUACAUAAUAUUUUGUACGUUUUAGAAUAUUGACCUUCAUGCAUUAACUGGAUGGAUCCCAGAAAGAGUCUCAAUAAAAUUAGAUAGUCCUGAUCUUAAUAUCAAUUCCCUAUUUGAUCGAAUUUUUGCUGGAUUGCAGAGAGGUACAGUGCUGUAUAGUUGCCCAAAAUGUUUGGAAAUCCUUUUUUGAGCCCUGGAUUGAUAAAUACCAAAUCGUGAAGAAUGAGAAGAGUAAGAUGUUUGAACUUCUAUCUUCAGCCAUGAUUAUUUACCUAAACCAUUAAAGAACACUAUUCAAUGUACAUUAGUUGUACAACACACGGCGUAUAAACGAUUCCGCAAAUUACGUCACUGUUGCUAUUGAUCUUGGUGCAGGGCCAUAACUAGACGCGAUAAUUGGGGGGGGGGGCAUAUUCAUAUAUUCGUGUUCUUCCCUACUGAUUUCUUUUGAAAGCGAUUGUUUUUACGGUAUGUGAACAUGAAUAUAUGAAUAUGCACCCCCCCCCCCAAUUAUCGCGUCUAGUUGCGGCCCUGUCUUCGUGACUCAGUUAGAUUUGCACACAUUAGCUCUCCUUUUGGGAGCUAAUUAACGUAUUGUACAUUGUCCGUUGCCGAUUUAUUUGAUGGUUCUGUUUUGUUCUAGGUGACUGCUUAAUAACAGCAGCUACUGGUAACUUAGGUGAUGUCGUUGCUGAACGAGCUGGUCUUGUGCCCACUCACGCUUACGCCGUACUCGACAUUAGAAAAAUACAGGUAUUAUUUCGGUGAAUGUGUUGACUAAUUCUGAAAAUCAUCAAUAAUCGACAAUAAAAUCUCAAGGAGAUCAGCUUGUUGUCGUUGUCUUGAUAUCACAGUACCAAACAUCCGUAUAUUUCGUGUAGAGUAGAAUUUUUUAUUCUACGCAUUCCCGAAGUUGUUUAUGUAAGCGGUUUUAGGGGCUGUUUACAUGAUCCCGCUUUGCCGGGACGAGAUGUGAGGCGACAUGAUUUUGAUGUAUUGAAAUAAGUCGCGGUGCACGGUUUUUUAGUGAUAGAUUAUAGUAUAAUUGUAAACGAAUGGCUGUUCAAGCAGCAAUAAUUAUCUUCUUGAACUACGAGAUCUUCUCUACAACAUUUGAGUUAUUUUAACUGACGUUUGAACUUUGGUAUGCCUUCCACCAAUCCACCCCGUCCACUCGUCCAGGCAUGCAAACAGCGCCUGAAACACCUAAAUAGAUUUGAGAUUACGGCAGCCAAGUAUAACACAGUUUUUGAUGAUUCGUAUGUAUAUACUCCUCCUUACACAUUAUAAUGUUACUCUAAGUGUUUCCACACCUGGAAAGCUGAAAAUUUUGCUUGGCCUCAGUGGGAAUCGAACCCGCGACCCUUGGUUUGCUAGUCCAUUGCUCCACCAACUAAGCUACGAGGUAAAGUCGGUGUGAUCAUGAUAAUUUGUGUGGACAGACUCAGAGAAACAUCACGUCAUAUUUUGUGUAAAAAAGUAAAAUGUAAAUUUAUGCUAAUCUUAUUCCCGCAAACUAUUAAUAUAUAUACUUUAUCCAGUUGCUUAAUACUAAAUUCUAAGAUAUUCGUUACUGGUUUUUUUCUUCAGAAUCUUAAACUUCUACAAGUAAAAAAUCCAUGGACGCAUUUGAGAUGGAAGGUAAUUUUUGUUAUUGAAAAUAUCGACCACUUAAAUAACAACGCGCCGACGAAUUCGCGCUUGUGUAGCGUAUCUUGCAUCGCCAAGAAUUUUGUACAAAACUGCUCUCUUGUUCCAAACUAAACCUUUAAAUUAGCUUAGGAUUCAGUUCCAUUUAUGUGAAUUUUCUUAGGGAAAUUUUUCUGAAUUAGACACUGAGAACUGGACUCCUGAAUUACAGAAAGCAUUGAAUUUUGAUCGUAAGAGUGCAAUUCAAGUCGACAAUGGUAAGCUACAGUACAGUGAGGCAAUAAACUCAAUAAGACUUGAAUGCACCGUUAUAAAAAAGCCUCUCUGUAUAAUAUACAGAUCUCUUUGACAUAUCAUUCUGUUCUUUUUUUACAAAUUUUCAGCCUACUUUUUUUUCCAGAAAAUAAUAAUAAGUGGCUCCCAUUAUUUUGUCGAAUUCUUAAGCUUGGUUUCCAUUUGUGGUCGCAACUAUAUCGUGACCAAAUCAUUCGACGAUGUGAGAUUGUCUGUAUCUAUCUUAUCUACAUCAGUGCUGUAUACAAAUCAGUUUUGACUGAUCGUACGCACUAGUGUAUUGAAACUUUAUUAUACAUCUGCCUCCUUGAUAUGCAUGCUCACGCCUAAAUGGAGCCAAGUUGUAGUUAGCCUUGGCGCUCUGCCAGUUGAGGCUGAUGUAGAUUAGGGGUUGUUACUAGGUAUACAUGUAAGAGUAAUGAGUAAUGUCUUUUCCGAAUUAACAACUAUCAUAUUGCAAACAAAACAACGUAACAACAAAUGUACGAGUAUAUUUAAAACAUGCAUGAAAGUCAUACAAAAUCAUCGAUUAAUUUCCAAGACAUCACUAUUUUGUUUAGGCGUAUUUUGGAUUGAUUGGAAAUCAUUGUUGAACUUCUUUGACGUGCUGUACAUCAAUUGGAAUCCCAAAUUAUUUCUAAAUCGCUACGUUCUUCAUUCGUAAGUAUUUCUUGCUUGCAUACAAACUUUACAUGACCAUGAUUGCUAAUAAGAGAAUUGAGACAAGUUCGGGCAAAAUAAGUAAACUAGUAAACUAUCUUUUCCAGUUAGAACUUAUGAAUUCUGAAAUAAAGUAUUCCAAUCAUUUUCAAAUAUCUCAUUCUUACAAAACGACUAGAGAAUUCUUGGCAACUUGUAAAAAAUAUAAAUUGUUUUAUAGGAUUCCGAUGCUAUAGCUAUACUUGCUCUCUAACGAAAUGCCUUUUCUGUAAUUGUCAAAACUCUCGUCUUGUAUUUAAUACAGGCUGACGAGAACAGUGGUUUCAUAUUUCAACACAUUUAGACUACCACAGCUUGAAUGGACCAUUUGCGUUUUGAUCUAAACAAGUCUAGACAAAAAUUUCAUCACAGCUUGAAAGAGCAUCACAAAAUUAGUAAUAUUCCAAAGUUUCGUUGCGAAAUGUUGUAAAAUGCGGAUAAUAUAGCCUUGCGAAGUUUUCCGUUUUUCAGUCAUUUUGCAUUACGCGGGGGAAAUUGACAGCCCAAUACCCUUUGGGGCUGUCAAUUUCCCGUUUGUAAUACAAAAUGACUGAAAAACGGCAAACUUCGCAAGGCUAUAUUAUGUACAUUUUACAACAUUUCGCAACGAAACUUUGGAAUAUUACUAAAUUUUCAAGCUGUGAUGAAAUUUUUGUCUAGACUUGUUUAGAUCAAAAUUUAGUCUAUAAUGCAUGCAAAUGGUCCAUUGAUGCAAUGUUUCUUGUCUUUGAGUACUCGUAAAAUUGACUAAAGUGAUAUUAAUAAGAAAUUACACUUGUUCUCGAAGUAUUAAUGAAAAAUCACACUUGUGUUUGGCGAAAUAUUUACACGCGCGCGAUUUUUCAUUAGCAAGGUUCAGAUUUGACUUCCACUACCGCUAACACUACCUUUCACUGGCGUAGUGCGCAUCCUAUUGGUUAAUCCGAUAUAUUAAACUCAUCUGAUUGGUUAAUGGCCCCUUAAUGGUAGCGGAAGUCAAAUCUAAACCUGUAUAUUAAUACUUCUCGAACCGUUCCAUUUUGUUAUACUAAUCACUUUCGGAAUAUUAGUUCGGAAUUAUUUUAGGCUUUUUUAUUAUUGUAAAGUUUGUUCUUUUCUCUUUCGAACAAGUGAUCACUCGUGUCUUCAGUGCAAAGAAUAACUGCAAAAAUCUAUCAUUUUUAAUUCCAGUCCAAACUGUUCUUAUUCAUGAGAAAAAGUCGAAAUAAAUAUUUAAAACGUUUCAAAUGAUUUUGAAUUGUUUAAUUUUAAUUAUUUCAUUCUCCUAUAAAUCCAUUCCAGAAAGUAGUAAGAACAAUCGUCAUGCAUCAUCCAUAUGCAUGCACCUCGACCCGCACGAUUUUCCCAGUUUUUUGUUUUGUUUAUUAACUAUUAUGUGUAUUCGAAGCUAUGAAAAUUGAAACGGAAAUUAGCAAGUUAGUAAAGCUUCAAUUAACCACGCUUUUUAAGUUGCUAAAUAGAUUAAAACUAGUUCAUGGGAACCCAUGGGAACCUAUCGUUUUGUUGACAAAAUGAGUUCAUAAAAUUACUAUCGAUUUGUUAUUGAAUCUAAUUUUUUAUUUUCCAAUCGCAAUGGUGGAAUAUGUUUCGCAAACCAAUCGUUAUUAAAAAGUAAUUAACCUGAAAAUCUGACCGUUGGAAAGCUGAAUGUGAAUGUGAAUGUAAACAUGAUCGUCUUACUCGAUUAUUCUUUCCGAAAUUUUCAUUUCGAGUACUCCGUUUUCUUACAAACUCUGCAUGUAGACACCUCGAUAUUAAAAAAGACAUAUUUACAAUCCUCUAUUUACAUUUUGUUUAUUUUCAAAUAUAGGACGUGGACAUCUGGGAAGGGGCCUGUGAGGGACGCUUACAAUUUAGGUAACUUUACAGUUUACUGCAGUAGUUACCAAUAACAAUACGCACCUCCCUUAAUUCUACUUUAAUUCACAUACACGCGGUAUCUGUUUUAGGUGAAAAUCCUCAGUAUAAACUUGAAGUAAAUGUUACCAGCGAUAAGAGCCCAGUUGUUUGGAUUCUUUUAAGCAGGCAUAUUUUGGAUAGGGUAAGUUAUAAAUGAUGAAAUGUAAAAUAAUGGAUUUGUACCUGUGUAGUAAUGUUGAGAAAGAAAUUUCGUGCGGAAGCAGAGAUGUAAUUUAACACUUGCCCUCUUGCCCGGGACAAGUGAAUAUCAUGACGGGCAAGUAAACGUUUUAUCUUGCUUGCCCGAUUGGGCAAGUUGCCUUGCCACAAAAAGCUGGGCAUCUUUAAGUUUAUGUUUUCAUUGUCGGAUAAAUUUUUUAUGCAUGUAUACUUAUUCAAAUUUUGGGUUUUUUUGUGGGCCAAAGCUAGAUCUGAGGCAGUAUAACAUAGCCAUAUAGAGCUGCAGUGGGAGAACGGGUCGACAGGUUUUUCCCUUAAUUUAUACCCCCUACCUAGGUAACCCUGUGGCCAUUGUCUGAUGGCAAGUAAAUUUUAUUCAGGGCAACUAAUUUUCAUGUCCAACUACUGGGAAGAUUAUAUAUACAAUUUUAGACUUAACCAGGAGCAGCUGCUAAAACGGCAACUAUAUAGACCUUAUUCAUAAAUCGUGACGAGGCCUCGUAUCCUAGGAUACGGGAACAAAACGCGGGAAAACAAGCGAAAACAGUAUAUUGUGUCGACUUUAACGGCUUGUUUCUUGUUGCUUUUUGCGAUUUAUAACGAUUUUUGUGUGUAUUUUAAGAUUUGUGCCCACAACGAAAGCGGUAAACGAGUAUAUUAUAAAAGCGACCGGUUUUUCUCCCGUUUUUGUGUGGAAAAAAUGACAACGUAGCGAUGGUGUUUAUCCAGAAGCGAAAAACAGUAUUUUACUGAGAUUUUAACGUCAAUAUAAAGGUUUAUCCCGUGAAGAAUCAAGACAACUAUGGAAUGGAAGUAUAAUUUUUCGAAUUUGACAUAAAUAUGAAAGAAAAUAACAGUAAAAAAUCACAAGAGAACGUCAAAUAUUAUUGAUUCGUACGGAAAAAUAUGAACUAUGACUGUGGCUCGAUAACAUUCUGCAAGCAGCUUACAAGUUUAAAAAAUGAAGGUUACAUUACCUGAGUAAGUUGUAAUCUUAUUUCUUCAACAAUUGUUUCAUAUUUCUUACGAUUUUGGUGUUGUAUAGACGUUUUAAUUUGUAGCCUUGUUGGUUGUUUGUUUUUGCGAUACAAACUUGGCAAUAAUACAAAGUCAAAGGUUUCCUUUUUCGAUUGACUCCAGCAUCUUUUGCUUUAAAUAUCUUGUUAUAUUUUCUCAGAAGUAUCUUUUUCAACUUUCAAGCUCAGUUUUAUAGAUAUUAUUUUCGAAAAAAGCUGUAAUAUUCACGAAAAAAAGCUGCCAUAGCCGACAGCAAAAAAACAUUUUGUCAAUUUUCCCGCGUUUUUCCCCCGUUUCCUAGGAUACGAGGCCUCAUCACGAUUUAUGAAUAAGGUCUAUAUUGGGCUCUCUGGCAGGAACAGUGAGCUCCAUAUAUAUCUGGAGUAGGAACUUGGUUGCUCAAAGUGAAGCCAGUUUCGUGUUAACCGCGCAGACAAAAACAAUAGAAAGGGACUGGAACUGACGUCCAAUAGCUCCUUCAUUUCCGCCAUCUUGGCAAGGAGUGUGUUGAAAUUUCGUAUUUUGACUUCGAUUUAAAGAAUAAUAUUGUGAUUUUAUGAACUGAAAACUUGAUUAAUGAUACGGUCCAUUAGAAAAAAACUGGAAUUAGUUGGGGAAAACGGUAUAAAAACUGUUUAAGACCUUCAGAGCUAUUGGACGUCAAUGGCCGCCAUCUUGGCUUCACUUUUCUCAUUGACCGAAUAUAUAUAUAUAUAUAUAUAUAGCUCACUGGGCAGGAAUCGAACCUGCAGCCCUGCGAUUCCGCUGCAGAGCUCUAUACCAUGCAACUGGUGCUAAGAUUUUAUGUAAUCGUCCGCUCGAAAGUUCCGUCUUCAAAAAUCCUUCAACUGUUAGUUCUAUCGAGUGGCGAGAUGCCCAAAAAUCUCGAUGAGAAAGAGCAUAUUAUACAGGGUAAUUGUUUUCAUUCAUGAGUAUUGAAGUGUUUAUCUUUCUGUAGGAUGACUUUGCAAAUAACAAAGAAUUCAUUACAGUACAUGUUUAUGAAACCUCAGGGCAAAGGGUCUAUUAUCCAGGUAAGCAAAAUGAUAUUUGAAUAUGUAAUUAUGUAUCUCUUAUAAUUUAAACGAGUUUUGAUUUUAUUUGGAUGCUCAUCAUCCGUAGUCAAUAGACCUUAUGCAUAAUGACGUCACAAGGCUUGAUGCCCACGAGGAAUGCUGGUCUUAGUAGUCAUCGCCCGGAAAAUUAAACAAUUCAAAAUGGCCAUUAUCGAAAUUUUCCCGUGCGAUGACUACUAAGACCAGCAUUCCUCGCGGGCAUCAAGCCUUGUGACGUCAUUAUGCAUAAGGUCUAUUGAAUACAAGAUUUGGAAACUCGAAGGAGGUACACUAUUUCUCAGUAUAGUCUGCCAUUGUUUGUUGUGAUUCCAAUCCUCCAAUAUGGAACUUUUGAGAUAAGAGUAUUGUGGGAAACAUGCUCGUUGUCUAGGAUCCAAGUCUCCUGCAUGUGUUGCAGAUUUUAUGUGUCCUCCCAGAUACUGCAUGCAGGUGUAGUAUGAAUGAUAGUAAUGCUCAAACUACACUCUAUCAUCAUGUUAAUGCUGUCUUCUAUAUGGUCACAGCUGUUAUGAGAGAGGUCGUCUAGAUAUCAUCACAGCUAAGUUCUUUGAAUGUUUGCAUGGCGAUAAAAUAUAAUUGUUUUUGUUUGUGGAAACACCACGUAAAUUUAUUACUGCAAAGCUUUCGAUCCGUAAGCCCGGAUCUUCAUCAGUGCUAAUAAUAUGUGACUUGUUUAAUUCACACUCUCUUUUUAUAUACAAGAGUGUCGUGAUCUGUUGGCUCGCGUCAUUUGAAAUUUAAUUAAACGGCACAUCAACCACGUCAUUUCAAACGUAGUGAAGUGAUUCCAAUUAACGCGCGCGCAUCCAAGACAAGAGAAAUUAAAUUUGCACAUUAAAGAGAGCACGCCACGUACUAUCUAGUGGCUUUCCCUCCUGAUCUAUAGUAUUGUGCUUCUCGAUUUCAAUUGACUCUCUCAUUUUGCGAGAGAACUUAUGACUAUCAAUCGCCAAAAUGGUUGCUUCGUCCCAUUUUAUACGAUGGUCGUAAGUCCAAGUAUGUUUAGCCACAGCAGAUUUAUCUUGCUCGGCUUUCUCGCAAUUCGUCUUGUGUUCCUUAAGACAUACUGAGAGAUUUCGACCAGUUUCACCAAUGUAAACCAGACCACAUUCACAAGGAAUGCGGUACACACCAGGUUUCUGAGAUUCAUUUACGUUGUCCUUAUGUGUGCAAAGAGCUCGAAACAAUUUGUUUUCGCUGGAAUGGUAUACCUUUAUACCUUAUAUACUUUAUAUCAUCACAGCUGUUGUGGGACGUGGUGUUUUUCGUACAUGGGGAAUACACAUUCCGUGUAUUUGUGGGAUUGAAUUGUUCUCAGUUGUCAUCUUCAGGGCCCAUAGACUACUGUCGUUUAAUUGUUGUACAAGCACGGGAAUUAUCACCCUCCAGUUCACGUCAAAGUUGAAUUGGCCAAUUGUCGUAUAAACAUAGACAAAAUCAAAAGAUAAUUUUUUUCUGCUUCAAUAGAGUUUCCGAACUUUCCCUUUACUGACUAUACAAUACUGUGCUGUUUUAGGUCACCUCAAAAUAUUCAUGCUCUGGGCAUUUUAAACUUUUUUUGCAAAUUACGCAUUUUGAGUCAAUAGAAAUUGUGUUUAAUUUCUAGAAGUGUUUUGCAUCGUACUGUCAGAAAUCGGCUGCUUAAUUAUUUCGGGAAGAUUCUCAAUGGUGGUCGCCUCCCUGCCCCCUUGCUUCUUGGCAAGAAAAAAUGUGUCACAUUUGGACAGAGUGUUGUUGGAAAAUCAUUUAAAAAAAAUUGUACUGCAGUACAAUUAAUGAAAUAAUUGUACUCCUCUCAACCAAUCAGCAUCCAGUAAUUUUGUCAUGCUAAUAAUAAUAAUCAUAAUAAUAACUUUAUUUAAGUGUCUACGUAUUCUUUAGCAAUAGAUUAAGUAUAUGCAAUUAGCCAUGGGGACACUAUUUAUCUAUUUAGUCCAUAUAAAAACUAUAUAUACUAAUUAAAUAUAAUAUAUAAAUCUAACAACUAAAUAUUAAGUCUUAGUUAUUAUGCAGUAUAAUCGGUGUGGUAUCCUCUUGGUAAUUAUUAUUAAAAAAAUGACUUGCCAUUGUCAGGUCCUUGAAACCACACAGACUUUAUUGGUGCUUACUGUGUUUACUGAGGCACCAUUUUCUGAAGCAACAUGACAGCUGCUUCCAUAGUUUUUGUCCAAUUUCAUAGCAUUUUCAAGCUAUAAUUCAUCAAACAUUUUGACUUCAUCGUCUUCACUCAGUACAAUAUAAAACUUCAUUGUCAAGAAAUACAUAUAUAUAUAUAAUUGUUUUGACUCAUGUCUUUAGUUUCAAGAUGUUAAUCUUCCGAUUUUUUUUGUGUCGGGAAAUAUAAAAGGUGAAAUAAAUAUUUAGAAUGAAAUACGAAACAGUAUCUCAGGAUGAAAGAGGAAAAAAAUGUUCAUAUAGGCCUAUGCCAGGAGAAAACACAACAAAUUUUUAAAUUUGCAUGUUUAUUGUUCAAAAAUUAUACCUAUAUAGUUAGAUUCUCUGUCAAAGAUAUAGUGUUUUCUUCCUGUGCAAACUGUAUAAUUAUGAAAAUAUGAUUUUAUAGAGUAAUUUAGUUAUAUUUGGAGUCCUCCAAAGAUUGACCUAAAACGUCUGCACAGUACUGCAUGUACAUGGACGAAAAACUUUGUAAUUUUAUAUGGUAAUAUUUCCUGUAAUAUAUAAUUAUUGAAAUUUCGCGAAUUUCAACAGAAACAAAAUGGCGGGUUCUGAAGAGGUCUAACGACGAAACUAGUAAACGCCAAUUAAUAUAACGAGUGUCGAAAGGGAUUUUUAGAAUUUUGGAACUUAGUAUUUUAAACAUUUAGUAUUUUAACAUUUCAUUACGUUUUUAAGUAUUUCCUGUAAGAGAAUUAUAUAAACAUUUAAUUUCUGUACUUACACAUUUCUGUUUGUUUUCUAAAAGAUAAUUGCUACAUCGAAGGUGUAAAGAUCAACAGUCCUCAUUACCUGGUCAAAGUGAAUCCGGACAAAUCAACAAAUACGUUCACCUUGGUGAUAUCGCAGUACGAGAAACAUAACACAAUCCACUACACAUUGAAGGUGUGAGCUUAGUUAAAAUUAAGAGCUUGAAAGAAUUAUAUUAAUUUAUUUACGGGUAUAUUGACUAUUUAUUACAUGCUAGUUGUGGAAAUGAACUGAACUCACGAUCCACCGAGUUCUUGACGGAUGCUCUAACAACUGAGCUGCUGGAAACUCUAUGGUGGGCAAGGGUCCUGUGUGGGUUUGAUAUACAUGUACAGGCCACGUCACGCACGAAUACGAUUUAAGGCCCAUAACUGCAUCGAGCUGUCUCCUUAGAUUAUCAGAAACUGGUGUGAGAGUGGGCAGUUCAUCGAUACUGUCGAAAUGUAUGUCUAAUAUAUAUUAAUUGUAAAAAAGUCGUGAUUGUUACACCUAACAGCUAAAGGCGAACUCGCCAUGUCAGUGUAUGGUUGACCAAUUAUUUGUUUGUUACUCUAAUGAUGCAAUAUUAAAAUAAUUGUUGCACAAUUGCGUCAGGUACAAUAUGAAAUACAUUAUUCCACUACACGAUGUUGUCAUAGAUACUAUGCCAAUAAUAUGAAAUCCCCUACACAGAACUUGAUAUAGGAAAGGCCAAGAAAGCCACUGACGAAACGUUGUUUUAUGAAGAAAAUCGUAAACUGCUUGACAUUCUUCAUGAUAUACUUAACGCAAUUGUAUAUUUGCAAUAAUAAUGGAAACAUUUGCACGAUAAAAAACAAACACGCCAGUUUCUCAAAUUGGAAAGAAGGCAAGUGAUUUCCAUAAAAUAAUCCAAUCGUCAUUCUCUCAUAGCACUGCAAUACACGCUUCCGAAAAGUACGUCACUUUGGCUAUAGAGCCUCGUUUUCGUGAUUGAGACGUCAUGCUUUAACUUAAGUCUCACACACACGAAAACGAGGCUCUAUAACCAAAGUGACGUACUUUCCGGAAGAGUGUAUUAUAUACGUACGCGGAGUUAUACAUUAAUUUUCACUUAUUAUUACUUUAGGUUUUUUCUUCAGCUGAAUUUAAACUUUCACCGGUGCCGAAUCCUUAUGUUUGUCACAAGGAGGUAUGUGAUUUGUUUUCCUACAUCAGUUUAGUUAAUUGUAUUCGAACAUGAGAUCAAGCGCGCGAACAUGAGCCUUAUAUUCGAAUUUUUAUGUAGGUAACUGGAGAAUGGAAAGGGAUUACUGCAGGCGGUUGUCCCAAUUACCCCGAAACUCACAAGAAUAAUCCUGCGUACUUCUGUGAAUUGGAAGAGUCUGCAUCGUCCAAGACACUUAGCGUUCUUGUGAAAGUGCGCGGACCAAGGUAGGUGUGUGCAUCGAUAGAAGGAAAAAAUAAAUUUUCUUAACUUUGAGUAGUAAUGGAUGAUAUAUUAGAGAGGUUCAGGUUUGACUUCCGCUUCCUCUAUCAUUUAGAGGUCAUUAACCAAUCAGAUGCAAUUAAUCUACGCGAUUAACCAAUCAGAUACACACAAGCAAGUGGGAGGUUAGCGGCAGUGGAAGUCAAAUCUGAACCUCUACAUCGAAACAGUUCCUUACAUGAUUCUGAACAGAAUUAUAACAUUGACGUUUUACUGUAUAUGACCAGCUGGGCUGUACGAUUCCAUAAAAAUGAGUGUUUUAAGAUGUUUUAAUCUACUGUAAAUUCGUGAUAUCUAUACAUUAUGAAACAUAUAUUUAACGUCUAAACCCCCAAAUAACUGUAUUAUUAUACAAUUUCAUUUAUUUAUAAUAAAAUUACUUUAGACAAUAUGCUGUUGGUUUUAUCAUGAUAUCAUUAAGUUCGUCUGGAGGACAUCCAGUUUUCAAGAAAUCAGUUGAUACAUACAGGUAUAUAUCUUACCAUUAUGCAAUCAUUCGCUAUAAUUUAAAAUCAUUCAGCAUUUCGGUCAUUAUCAUUAAUAAGUUGCGUGACUGUGUAAGUUUUGUCUCCUGUCCGCGAAGUCUUUGUGAUUUUUAAUAAACUUUCACACGAAGCUUCUCUACUGCGGGAAAGUAAGCAAGAAAUUUCUGUUCCUCCACUCUUCGCCUGCUCAUGCCUUGAGCAAAUUCCUACAUUUCACAUUCUUAUAUUAAACCCCAAAGUACUAAAAUCGCAGUUGUGUGCAUGAGCUUCGCUUUUCAACGCAUUUUUGUUAUCUCAAAUUACUAUUAUUAUAUGCAGUUUUCUACUUCGUGAUAUAUAGUACUUAGCACUGUGUCUCUGACUCUAUAUAGGACUGGUUUCUGCGUAUUAGAGCUUUCUGAUGUCCCUGCUGGAUCAUAUCACAUUAUUCCGUCAACAUUUCGACCAGAGUGUGAAGGUCCCUUCAUUCUAGAAGUUUCUUCAUCAUCAAGACUCACUCUUCGGAAAAUGUAAAAUGUAUUGAUAAUUAGUUAGAGUUUUCAACCAUACGGUGACGUAAUUUGUAAAUUUAGAGUAAAACGCAGCAGUGCAUACCAUGUAGAUAAAUUCGUUGUGGAGGAAGUCUCAUGGCCUGUUUAUAUAUGAUCCCGCUUACUGAGAUGCCUCGUGAGUUUAUUUUUCAGCUUACCAAGAUGAAAUUACUAUGUAGUUCUGUAAUUAUCGCUUGUAAAAAUUGUACUGUUCUGUUGGGCAACAGUUGCUUUCAUAUAGAAAUAAUUCCAUCUCCUCCUACCCAUAUAUGGUCUCGGCUUACACAGUCGCGAUCUCGUCAAGCGCGCACCUUGCCCGCUUUCUCGCGGGCUGGUGGGCUGUAAGUUUUUAUCAUAAAAUUAUAAUAAUGCGAUGUAAGUUUUAUCGUAAAAUUGCUAGGAGGCGAGAUCAUAUAGGCAGGCUGGACGUUUCGUUAAGCGGGCUCAUAUAUGUGAACAGGCUGUCAGAACUAUCAAACCCUACCAAAGCUUGCCUACCCUAUCAAUACCACUCACAAAUAUGAGAAACAGUUUCACAUGCACAGCACAAAUUUAAAGUAUUGCCUAUUUUCGUUGACCUUCAUAAUUGCUACGAGAAAUACAUUAAAUGCAAAUCCCUGCUUCAUUACAUUACAGCGUACCUCUUAAUUGGCCAUCAACUUGAAACUCUUGGAAAGGAAUCCAUGGAAAAACCCAACGCUAACUUAACUGUAGGCCUGACAAAUAGAUAGGUUAACCGUGGCUGAAGGACUUUAUUUCCUGUAAGCCAUGCUAUAAACCUGCCUGGUGUCGGGUUCCCAGACCUAGAAAAUGUAUGACAGUCCAGAAAUAGAAAUUUUCUGACUCCUGUGUAAGGGGCCAUUCACAAAGGAUGUCCGGCCAAAUGAUGGAUUUUCAGACCCCCCUCCCCCCCUUGUCCGGCAUUGUCCGAAUUAGUGACCCCCUCCCACCCCCCGGACAUCCGCCAUGCCUCGCAAAAACUCACACAACCUUGUAUAUAUCAAGAGUAAAAAACUUUUUUUACUUUUAGAACUUUUUUAUAACUGUAAAUGUGAACACAAAAACAUAUAAAUUACUAAUUAAAACAAAAUCUAGUGUUAACCGCAUAGUCAAAAUGCCAAUUUCACAAUGGGAAGGACUGCUCAAAAUAGAGGGAAAAAGAAAUUUGUUUUUGAAUUUUUUUAAAUUUCGGACAUCCGGAUUGCUAAAAACCCCCCUCCCCCCCCUAUGUCCGAGUUUGUCCUGAUUUUCCAAACCCCCCUCCCCCCCUCGGCUCGGACAUCCUUUGUGAAUGGCCCCUAACUCAAAUAUAAAACUUCCUGCAUUAUCAUGUGGAUUUUAGAGAAAGUUUAGUACGGUAACCGCACAUUCAGGGACGUCGCUAUAGGUGUGUGUGUGUGUGUGGGUGGGGGGAGGGGGGGGUGUAACACCCCCCCCCCCCCAUAAUUCAAGCGUUGGUCAAAAUGGAACUGAUAUUUGCUUAAAAUUGAAGGUAAAACUUGGAAAAAUUUGGUCAAAGUUUGGGAUAAAAGAUGGUCGAAGUUGCUCAAAGUUAUGAAAUGGUUCGCAAUUUUAAAAGGGGCACUGUCAUCAAAAUUUUUAUUUUCUUAAACGAAAAUGCUCUUAAAACUGUAUGGUAACUUGUUUUGAAGAUUUUUGUUCCCAUGCUUAGUUCUUGAGUUAUUUCGUUUUGUUUGUAACCAUGUGACGUCUGUGACAACCAAUCAUAACCUUUGUAGUAGAUUACGUAAACGCACCUUACCGGAACUAAUGUACAAUUAAUUAUGCAUGAUAUGAACAUGAGCAUGUUCUUGUGUAACUUGAGAAUAUUCGUAAAUAGAAUAAAGCGUUAAGCGAAGAGCUUGUCUUCCUUGAAUAUACCUAUUAUACUAGUAUCUGAGUUACUACAUUGGCGACGAGGAUGUACUAAAGAUUGAUCUAGAGUAAGAAAUUAUGAGCCACGACAAAGAGAAAAAAGGUUCUAGCUCCGAGACAAACGCGAGCGUGAAUAAUAUAAGCGUGACCAACCGCCAACUCAACGUGAGACCAUUUCAGAUCAACGAAAAAUCGCAGUGAAACUGCUUCAGGAUGGGAGAAAUGGCUACGGAACAUCGAAAGACAGUUUCGCUACUUUGGGAUCACAGACCCAGAGAUGAAGAAAGACGGCUUAAUCAUUUACAGCGGUCAAAUAAUCGCAGAUUUAGAAGACACACUUCUCGACGCUACAGGCGAGGAAGCCGGCGAAGAUGCCUAUGCACAACUCAUAAUCAAGCCCAACAAACAUUUUCUACCAAAGAAGAACAAAGAUUUUGCUAGAUUUCAGUUUGGAAAUCUUAAGCAAAAGCACGGUGAAUCGCUUGUUCGAUACUAUACACGCAUCAGGGGAAUAGCAAAGAAAUGCAGUUUCUCGAACGAGAGCGAAGCUAUUCGAGACCACUUAAUAAAAACAAUGACGAACAAUGUCGUAUACGCAUCAAAGCAAUACGCAAGAAUUCGACGCUCGACCAAAUUCUAG